AUGGAGCAAAUGGAGAGGCGUUUCCAACGCAUGCUAGAACCCAUUCAAGAUGAGUUGCUGCAACUCCGAGCGUCUGGAACACCAAAAACCUCUAAGUCCAUGCGAAGGCGAAGGGAUGUGGAGGAGUCGUCCAAUGGUUCCAAUAAUGAUGAUGAUGAUGAGGAACCUCGAAUUCGACCAAGGCAAAGGAACCAGACUGGACCUACCGAUGUAUUCAAGGGAAUCAAGAUGCAAAUCCCUGAGUUCAAAGGACGGUCCGAUCCCGAGGCCUUUCUCGAAUGGUUAUCCAAGAUCGAAAUGGUCUUUUCUUGCCAAAACUACACCGAGGUGCAAAAGGUGCAAUUGGCCACCAUGGAAUUCACUGAGUACGCUGUGGUUUGGUGGGACCAAAUCAAGAAGUCUAGAAGGAGAAAUGGGCUACCUGAGCUCAUUCCAUGGCCCGAGCUUCGAGCCAUGAUGCGCACCCGCUUUGUACCUGGACAUUACACUAGGGAUUUAUACCACCGGUUACAAACCUUAGUCCAGGGCAACCGGAGUGUGGAUGAGUACCACAAGGAGAUGGAGAUCCUGAUGCUUAGAGCGGAUGUACAGGAGGAUCCUGAAGCCACCAUGGCGAGAUUCUUGAGCGGGUUACGACCCGAUAUUGCUGAACGAGUGGAACUUCAACAUUAUAUGGAGUUGCAUGAGCUUGUAGACAAGGCUAUUAAGGUCGAGCAAAGGCUCAAGAGGAGGGGUACCACUCGAUCGAAUUUCGGCAAUACCACCUACUCUACCAACCGCCCAUUCCAACCAAGGAAUGAUUCUCGGCCUUCACCAAAUGCUCCUACACCAAAGCCGAGAUUCGAGGGAGGUAAGGUGGGCAACCCUAGUAUUAGUAAGCCGCCCUCUUCUACUCCAAAAUUUGAGGAGCCUAGGAUACAAACUAGAGCUCGUGAUACUCGAUGCUUCAAAUGCCAAGGUAGAGGCCAUAUUGCUAGUCAAUGUCCCAAUCAAAGGACUAUGAUUAUGAUGCAAAAUGGUGAGAUCGUGAGUGAGGACGAAACCGAGUACGAAGGCAUACCACCUCUUGACGGAGGUAGUGAUGGGGAAUCGCCAAAUGAAGAGGAGUUUAGUGCACCCGAGGGUCAUUUUGGGACUGCAUUGGUUGCAAGGAGAGCAUUAACUGCACGUGUUAAGGAGGACGAGCUUCAACGGGAGAACAUCUUCUACACCAGGUGCUUCGUCAACCAAGCACUUUAUAGUGUGAUUAUUGAUAGUGGGAGCUGCACAAAUGUAGCUAGUUCACUCAUGGUGGACAACUUGAAGUUGCCUACAAGGGAUCACCCGCGACUCUACAAACUCCAAUGGUUCAACAACUCUGGGGAGGUUCAAGUAACCAAGCAGGUUCUUAUAUCCUUCCAAAUCCAUAAAUAUUCUGAUGAAGUAUUAUGUGAUGUAGUUCCUAUGCAGGCUAGUUGUGACAGCCCCACCUUCCCCUAA